GCUGUCACAUGAUCAAGUUCGGAGCUAACCAGGAAGUCAUGAGUUGUUUGGGCUGAAAGAAGAGUACUUGAUGCAUUAAUUCUCCUUUCGAGGAUGUCUCCUUUUAAAAAUAGCUCGUUUUGGGUUUUGUUUGCGUUAAAUAUUUAUUCUCUUGUGUCUAGCGAUGAAGUAAACGGCAGCAUUUCAGUUUCAGCGGAUGAACUAAAGGAAAGCUCUAUUUUGAAUCCUGCCUCUGGAGCUGUUGCGGCUAACUCUCCUAUCUUUAAGCCUGCUGACGGCUCCGGGUUCACCAUCAACCUGCUGUCUUCUUUCCCUGAAGACCUGGAGAUCAGUGACUACUGCAGCGACAUGCUCCACAUAUUCGGAGAGAGAUACGUCUCCUAUGUGAACUGCCUGGUACCUGCAGCCCGGCCGGUGAAGGUUUGCGAGAACUGCUACUCCAGCUAUCGCAGACUCAAUGAAAUUUACUUCAACAUCUCAGAGCAGAUAGGUCCUGGUAAUGAGAGCUGCAGGGACAGCCUGCUGCGCAGUGAUCGUCUGAUGCUGGUCUAUGUGCUUUACAGCAACCUGGAGGAUCUGUGGGGAAAAUCAAACUGUAAAAAUUGCAUCACUGAAGAAUUGGACAGUCUGACCAAUGACACGCUUUACUUCAUGAACGUCCUCAACCAGACGCUCUCCUGCUUUGAGAAGUAUUCACCGGGGAACCACACAGAGCUGUGCACUAUCUGUAAGAUCCCGUACAGCCAUCUGAAUGAGCUGUACACCGGGAUGGACAAGAAUCAGACCUUGUGUAUCGACAUAGAGGAUGCGAUGAACAUGACCCGCAGACUGUGGAGUAAGAACUUCAAUUGUUCGUUCCCCCGGUUGGAGACGGGGCCUGUCAUCGCCGUGUCCAGCUUCAUGCUCUUUCUGCCUAUCAUCUUCUACUUGAGCAGCUUCCUUCACUCUGAACAAAAGAAACGCAAGCUCAUACACCCCAAACGGGCCAAGUCGUACACCAACAUAAACAUCCAGGACAAACAGAACUGACGUGGAGACAGCUGAUGACUGGGAAAGAGGGUGUCCAUCUUGGAGAAGAAAUGACUCCUGAGCGUUUGGUGCCUGAGGUUCAACUGACUUUGAUAAACAUGAAGGAAUGAACUGCAGCUUUUCCUGUUAGUUUUUUCAGGAUGCUGUGAUACCAGUCAGUAUUAAGAGGACUACACGGAUCUAUAUGAAUGAAAGUGAAAUUAGAAUGCUCCAGGCAUGAACUAUUUCACACUCAUAUCCCGAAAACCUUCCUCUACUAGUGCAAUAAAUAAAUGUUUGAACACAGAUUUUCUGAGAUUUUUAACACAAACAAAAAUAGAAAAAUACAGAAAUGAUUCCUAGACUGUUUGAGUCUGCUUCUUAUUUACAUUAUUUAAUAACAGCUUUAUUUUCUGACAUUGGAUCUCAACAAGCCAGGACUAAAAUGAUCUUAUUUUUUAAAUUACUGAUCAGAUAUUUGUUCAUGUUUCUUCUUGGUUCGCUCACACAGUCCCCACACAGAUCCUGGUCUCUCCUGCCUUUCUUCAUAAACAAUCUUCAUCCUGCAGUGUGAGUGACACAGUGGUCAAGAGAAUGAGUGGGUGUGUGUGUUUGUGUGUGUGUGUGUUCGUGUUCUAUCUAUGGGUUGAGAAAUGUUUUUUUCCUGUCUCUAAUGUACGAAUGUCCCGAAAAAAGCUGCAAAAAGGAACCACUUGAUGUCCAUUAGUGGUGACAUGCAUCUGCUGUAAGAAGAAGGGGGGGAUGGGAGUGGGGGUGGAGUUAAUAAAAACAUAACACACACACUGUAAGAGCACUCCAAAGUAGCUCACUGUGAUGUUACCUGUUAUUCAAUAUAUCCUGUGGUUGCAUUAAGCUUUGAAUGUGCUUUGUUGUGGUCUUCCUCUGAUGUUUAACUUAAUUUGUUAAGGGUUUCUGACCGCUCAUCUUGCUGAUGUCUCCUCUUUUAUGGGUAAUGAAGUGAUGAAUAAGCCUAACAGAAAUGCAUUUGCUGUAAAGACAUUUUAAAACCAACUGAUUUCAUAAAUAAAGAUGUAUGUGUCGUUAUUGAACCAA